AUGUCAAUUUCUACACUCCUAUCCAUCGGAGAAGAAGUGAUCGAUCCGGAAGAGGAAUCCUUCCUGCUCUUCAGCCAAGAAAUCACCCCCGGUAAUCUGGGGUUCUUGGAUUCACGCGCAAGCACAAUUGAUAUUUCGAUCCAUGAUCAUGAAUAUACUAUCCACCAGUCUCCGUCAUUACUUUCCUCGUCUCGGUCUGGAGGCACCACGGGCGCCGUUCUUUGGAAAAUCACUCCCCCCUUCACAGAAUGGAUCUCAUCACCCACAAAUCCCCUCUGGACAAACUCUAUUCUCACCCCAGAAUCCGUCGUCGCUGAACUAGGCUGCGGUAUCUCAGGUCUGCUCCCCCUUACCCUCGCACCCUCAAUCCAGCACUACAUCGCCACAGACCAAGAGUACGUGCGCCGAUACUUCCGCACAAAUAUCGAGGAAAAUGCAUCUGUCAACUCCGCAAAGCCAAAGGGAAAGUCAAAAGGAAGCACUAGUAAAAAGAGACAUGUAUCGAAGACAUCCCCUAGGACGUCGAAUAUCACUUUCACAACAUUAGACUGGGAACUCGAUCAACCCGGUUUAUUAAAGGAUUGUAUUGAUGAUUCGCAUGGAAGCGAAGAUAGAGGUUUCGAUCUUCUUCUCUCUUGUGAUUGUAUCUAUAACGAUGCCCUUGUUACGCCGUUUGUGCGUACCUGUGCUGAGAUCUGUCGUUUGCGGCCGGCUUAUGAGCCGGGUAAGGAGCAAGCGGGUCGACCGACGGUUUGUAUUGUUGCGCAGCAUCAGCGGGCGCCGGAGGUCUUUGAGACCUGGCUGAGGGAAACGUUGAGGGAGUUUCGGGUUUGGAGGGUGAGGGAUGAAGUACUUGUUCCUGGUUUGAGGGGGGGGACGGGGUACCUGGUGCAUUUGUUGUUAGCUAGGGAGAAGUGA